UAUGUGGAUAUAACCUUCUUUUCCCCCUUCAUUCCAAAAAUCUUAUCAUCCAUAUUUAUUAAUUAAUAUAUAUAUAAUAAUUUUAGGAAUCAAAUUUCUAAAUUAACAUAUUCCCAAAAAAAUUCCACACUUUAGCACCUGAUUCCUCCACCAAUUUUACCGCACACCAUUAAUUUGUUUAUAUUUUUUUGCAAUUUCUCAAAGAUGGAAAUGAAGAAAUAAUGUCUGUUUAAAUCCAGAAAAUGCGAAUUUUCAAGAGAAACGUUUCUCUUUGUUUAUCUCAUCUUCCGCCUGAAUUGUUGUCAUCUUCCCUUGCUGUUUCCUCUUUUACAAUCAGGUUUAGUUCUGGAAUUUCUACUCCUCAGAAGCGGAAUCAAAUUCAUACAGGAUCUUGUAAGCUGCGCAGCUGUUUUUCAAUGGAUGAGAACGUGACUGUUGAACAGUUCAAAGAAGCACGAUUUCCGAGUGAGGUUGGCCGAAGUCCGUGCAUCUGGUCUUCCUCAUCAGGUGGAGAACACUUACCAAUGGGAAAACAAAUAUUUUGCAACAGAUCCUUGAAUAUGAAAAAUAUUGUUGCGGUCGGGUUUGAUAUGGACUACACUUUAGCACAAUACAAACCGGAGACGUUUGAAUCGCUUGCAUAUGAGGGGACCAUUAAGAAGCUUGUGUUUGAUUUGGGAUAUCCUCCUGAGUUGUUGGAGUGGUCUUUUGAUUCAAAGUACAUGGUUAGAGGUUUGGUUCUUGAUAAAAAGAGAGGCAAUAUUUUGAAGAUGGAUCGACAUAAAUACGUGAAAGUAGCAUAUCAUGGCUUUAGAGAAAUGUCAAAAGAAGAAAAAGUUGAAGCUUACGGGAAUACCUUGACAAGAGAUUCCUUUGAUGAGCCUGACUAUGCCCUCAUAGAUACUCUCUUUUCCUUGGCAGAGACCUACUUAUUUGCACAGCUUGUUGACUUCAAGGACAGAAAUCCCGGAACAGUCCCUGCAGGAGCAGAUUAUGCUCGUAUGUACAAGGAUGUCAGAGCUGCUGUUGAUCUCUGUCAUCGUGAUGGGACCUUAAAGCAGAUGGUUGCCAAAGAUCCUCAGAGGUACAUUAUUGAUGAUACCUCAAUUGUACCGAUGCUAGAAAUGCUUAGAGAUUCAGGUCGUUCAACAUUCUUGGUGACAAACAGUUUGUGGGACUACACAAAUGUUGUGAUGAAUUUUCUCUGUCGGAAAGGAACUGGAAAUGGCAGUGAAGCUCUCAGUUUUGAUUGGCUAAAGUAUUUUGAUGUUAUUAUCACUGGCAGUGCGAAACCUGGAUUUUUCCAUGAAGAUAAUCGCGCUAACCUUUUUGAGGUUGUGCCUGAUUCUGGAAUGCUUCUAAAUACCGACAAUGGAACACCUAUGGUUCAAGUUGGAAGUGCUGUUGGGAGUGCUGUGCUGCAGCCACCAUUAAAUGGACUAAACUAUGCAUGCCGGGUUUUCCAGGGUGGUAGUGUUGGUCAUCUCCAUAAAUUGCUCAAUAUUGAGUCUAGCUCCCAGGUUCUUUAUGUUGGAGACCACAUCUAUGGGGACAUAUUACGCAGUAAAAAAGUUCUUGGGUGGAGAACUAUGCUUGUUGUGCCAGAGCUUGAGAGGGAAGUUGAACUUCUCUGGAAACUGAGGGAAUCUCGCAAGCAACUUCAAGGAUUGAGGUGUGAUCGUGAUCACAUAGAAGACAAACUCCAUCAUGCAAAGUGGACUCUCAAAUUUGGGGAUCUUACCGUUGACCAGAAGCAAAAUUUAUCGUCUUCGAUUGACAGAUUGGAGGUAUUCAUGCGGUCACAAAGGGAGAAGGUUCGACUUGGUCAUCAACAGAUCCUCUGUAAAUGCCACCAAAAGUUUCACAUGGUCUGGGGACAACUUAUGAAGACUGGUUAUCAAAAUUCUCGCUUUGCACAUCAGGUCGAGAGAUUUGCCUGUCUUUACACAAGUCAAGUGACGAACUUGAGCUUAUACUCUCCUGAUAAAUACUACAGACCAAGUGAAGAUUUCAUGCCCCAUGAAUUCGAUAUCCUUGCUUUGUCAGGCAAAUGCUCUUUGGAAGUGAAAUAGCAAUCUGUAUAUUUUCUUGUCGAUUGGGUUGUUGUUCAUGAGUCAAUUUGGUGAUUCAUCAAAUCAUUCAAAUGUAUAUAGUUGGUGCCUGGUGGAUACUAAAUAUCAUUCUUGUUUAAUGUUGUGCAUAAAUCCGCCAUGUCUCUGCUUAUGAAUCUGGAGCAUUGAUUCUCUUCUACUUUUGCUACUUUCUAAGGACCUUUCUAGGGUAGUUGUCAAAGAGACAACCACCCUAAUUAAUUAAUGUCGGCCACUCAUUUUAUUUUUAAAUUUAAAUAAUUCAAUAUAUUUAAUGAUUUAAAAUAUUUUUAUC